AUGGUCCAGCUCUCCACCUUCUUCCAACUCGCAGGCCUGGUCGCCUUCUCCGUGCAUACGCCGUACGUCGACGCAGCCCCGCUGCUCUACAAGCGGAUCGCACAAACCAUUGCGGCCUCCACUGCACAAUGGGAACAAGCAUGCCUAGCUGCUGGGGGCGGUCAACAAUGCAACCCCCUCUCUAUCAAGGCCUUUUCUACCCUCCUGGCGAAUGCGGGCCCGUGCGAACAGCAGGAUGCUGCCGACGAGAUGGUCGACCUUGCGAACCAGCUCAACAGCGCAGAGAUGGUCAGGCUCUCGCAGAUCUUCGUGCAGCAGCCUCGUAACACUCCCAACUCGGUGGCGAUCCCUUAUUGCCAACAAGCGCCUAGGAACAGCGAGCUCGACGGGCUCUUCCAGUGCCAAUUCGCAGGCGCCAACCAGCAGACCUUUGCAGGAGGCGCCACGCUUGGUGCACCCGGUACUAUCCCCUUCGGUCUCAAUGCGCUCGACCCUCUGGGUUCGUGUCCCAGCAAGCCCGACGGUCCUGUUCCCGACGGCCAGCAGCUCAUUGACAUCGUCGGAAACGCCGCGCCUCCCUCUCAGCCAGCGCCAGAAUCGACUCAGGCACCAGACCCCGCUCCAGCCCCAGCCCCGACUGAAUCAUGCACUACUACAAUUACUUCUACUGUUACUGUUGCGGCGCCUGCUCCCACCGCUGAAACUGAAACUGGAGCUGGAAAUAAUGGGAACGGCGGAGGUGGCUUCCUGCUCGCAAACGGCCAAGAAGCACAGCAGCUCAACGCCAAAUUCGCCAGCCUCAAUGCCAACUCUGCUUGUACCGACGGCGAGAACGCCUGCGUCGGGACCGCUUUCGCCCAAUGCGUCGGCGGGAAAUUCGCACUCACCAACUGCGCCGCCACUCUAACAUGCGCUGCGCUCCCGCUAGUGAACAAGGCCGGGACAUCGAUCACUUGCACGACGAGUGCAGACGCGGAGGCGAGGAUUGCCGCUACGGGCGCCACGGGGGGACUGACGGGCAACGGCGCGUCCGCUCCACCAGCGCAGGAUGAAUCCUCUGGUUCUUCUCCUGCACCCGCCCCGGCACCUGCACCAGCGCCGUCCACCGGCUCUGACUCCGGUUCCUCCAACUCUGGUUCCACAGGCGGCUCCGGCUUCCUUCUCCAAAACGGACGCGACGCCCAACAGCUCAACGCCCAAUUCUCCUCGCUCACUCCCUCCUCGGCCUGUACCGCGGGCGAGAACGCCUGCGUCAAUGGGUCAUUCGCCCAGUGCGUCAACGGCUCUUUCGUGCUGACCUCGUGUGGCGCGGGUGGAGGGCUGACGUGUGCUGCGCUGCCCCUGGUGAACAAGGCCGGGACGUCGAUCACUUGCACGACCCGUGCGGACGCGGAGGCGAGGAUCGCUGCGACGGGAGCGACCGGGGGGUUCGCUGGGUAA